GGAGAGGAAGUCUUUAUACCGGGACGGAAGAAGCGAUUCUCUUCAAGUGUCGUUCGUCCGCCGCGUUCGUAGGUCACUCGGUUUCCCUAAUAAAAGGUCCCCUUACUAAUCGUCAUGGAGGAAGAUACUGAUCAAAAAGUGGCCGUGAUGCGUAAAGCAUUCCAAAUGUUUGAUACAACGAAAAGCGGUUUUAUCGAAACCAUGAAAAUCUCGACGAUAUUAAACACAAUGGGACAACUAUUCGACGAUGGUGAAUUAAAUUCUUUAAUCGAGGAAAAUGAUCCCGAGGGUUCUGGCAAAGUGAAUUUUGACGGUUUCUGUAAAAUCGCCGGUCGAUUCCUUGAAGAGGAAGACGCCGAGGCGAUGCAGGAGGAAUUGAAAGAGGCGUUUCGAUUGUACGAUCGUGAAGGUAACGGAUACAUUACUACGGCUACAUUGAAGGAGAUUUUGGCGGCGUUGGAUGAUAAACUUACCAGUUCUGACCUUGAUGGAAUAAUCGCAGAAAUUGAUACAGACGGCUCCGGUACGGUGGACUUUGACGAAUUUAUGGAGAUGAUGACUGGAGAAUGAUCGAUGUAUUAAAACGAUGAUGGAUUAUCCAAUUACUAUAAGAAGGCAUUAAACUUUCUUAAUAAAAUGAUAUUUUUCGCAAAAGAAA